AUGGACAUUACUGCUUGCGCUCAGCCAUUUAAUUGCAACGAUGAAAUGGCCCCCAGCACACUGGAACGAUUAUUUGAAGACGGGCAAUUAAGCGGCGUUACUUUGAGCGUCCAUGGGCGCCUAUUUCAAGCUCACAAAUGUAUUUUGGCAUCCAGCAGCAAAGUAUUUGAGGCCGAGUUCAAGUAUAAUGUAUCGAAUCAAGUCGUAAUUGAAGACAUUCAACCUGAAGUAUUUCAAGAAUUUCUCCGUUUUAUUUAUACCAGCCGCUUGACUUCAGAAACGAUGGAAACUAUGGCCCCCAGACUGUUUUCAGCUGCCGACAAAUAUUUGCUGGAUCAACUGAAAUCCGAAUGCGAGUCACAUUUGCAUCGUCAAAUGUAG